GAUGUCGGGCACCAACCCUCCAUCCGACACCGGGACGCUACCGGCUGUUCUGAAGUGGUACUCUCAGACCUUCAGCCGUCGACUCGAUCUGAUUGGAGAUUAUGUUGGAAACAACUACUUCCUAAUUGAUGGGAAUUCUCUCCUUCUUUAUUGCUUCGCAGAUGAACAUAUCGACUUCAACCAAGGGUUCCAAUUGCUUCACGCGACGUGGGCAGUGGAGCGUUUCCUGCAAGACCUGAUCAAGCGACGAUGCCAAUUUCAUAUCGCCUUCUUUGAUCAAUACCGAGAACUGUGUGUGCCUUCGUUUGUUUCCGACGAGGGAAACAAGGAGAAAUAUCUGCUCGCUAGGGCAGCUAUAAUUCGCCACCUACGUGCCAACCUGCCGAGUAUUCACCCGGAGAUUGAUGUCAAAGUCUUCGAGUCUGUGUCUUCCGAUGCCUUUGCGAACUAUCUACGCGAAGUAGAGUUCUUCUUCGUAUUGGCUCAUGAUGGUGCUUUACCAGAAGCUCUACGCAGGAGACAUCUACUGCAGAAGAAUCUUGAUACCCUACAAGACGAGGUUCAUGAUGAAGCAAACCAGCAUGAGCUGCAGACCAAGACGGCUUUCCGUCAGAUCAUACAUUGGUUUAUGUCAGGGGGAAUGAGUAUUGCAUUGAUCAAUGGAACUCAGUUUCAAGAUACGAAAGUUAUCUCGAACGUCUUGGAGUUUCGUAACGUGGAAAGCGGUGUUCCGUCAACGAUAGAGUUCAAGAACGAGCUCACUGAUGAGCCUCGACCAAAUUACCUCAAACGCUCCUUUUGGGAUAAGAUGAAUAGCAACAAUCAGUCGAAUCUAUCUGAGCGGCAAUACAUCACACUUUUGGUGCUUCUAGCCCUCAUACAUGGCGAGGAUGUUUCAAUCGAAUUCGCCAAUGCUCUCAUUCGGCAUACAGCAUUAAUCUCACAGCUCCGUCUGUCGGACCGGCUUGUAGAAGCAGAUGAUCUCGAUGACGAAAGCAGAGAUAUGCUGCAAGACUUCUGUACCGAGGCAUCACUCGUGCUGUCCUCUCAAGAGUGGGCAGCCAAUAUGGCCGAUUGGGGAUGCAAAUGCGACAUCGCAGAUCUUGUAGAUGGGCGCCUUCUUGCUGUGUGCAUCAAGAACAAAGGGAUCGGCCAAAAUGAAACAUAUGGCACACUCUUAAAAGCACUGGAAGCUGCGGGCUCCAAUGCCGUGGAUGAGCACAACGCUGCCUCGCAAGCUCAGACUGAGAUGUCUUCUCCGGCCGCAUCUCCUGCUGCUGGUUCAGGUUCGUAUGCAGUGUUGCCCUUCUCGAAUAAUGUCAUCGAUCCGCAUCUUGAGCCGAUCAAGCUAGCUAUAGAUCGUUCUGGUGUAGUACCUCCGGCCACGACCUCGCAAAUCUUUAGAGAGGCAACACAUUGGCACAACAGCAAGCGACCGAUCGAUCCAAAAAUUCGGGAAGAUCAAGUUGCAUCGAACGCCAAACAGAUGAAGAAGACAUUGAGGCGUAAUCAGUUUUUCAUGGCCGAAAUGACGACAUAUGCUGCCAGUCUUACCAAUGCCGUGGGAAGAGCUCUUGAGCCUGAAAUUAUUACAACUGGUGCUAAAUUAGACAAGAAGGAAGUUGAUAAUCCAAAGUCGAAACCAACUCCCAAGCCCAGCUCAAACCCAAAGUCUGGAAAGAAGGGUGUUCCAUCAAGGAAAGAAGCUAUGCUUGCUCAAAUCGCAAAGGACAAGAGUCGAAAAGAUGACGCAUCGUCAGAAACAGUUGCUGCGGGCUGGCGCGUAACAUGCGAUAAUCUUGAGAAAGAGCCAACCCCAGUUGCCAGAUAUCAGAAGGCAAAGCAGUAUCUGACUACGCUCAAUUCCGAGUUCAAACGCGAUGUGCUCGAAGCUCAGAUUCGGCUUUACAUGCUUAACACUCAACUCAUUAUGUGGGUAGCGGCAUGUAAAAACAAGGAGAAGGAGAAAAACCAACACAUAGCGGCUCUGGUUUUCGACUCUUUGAACACCUUCUCUAAGCUUCGUCGACCUAUCACAAAGAGUGUUUCUCUCUGUCUCGAAAAAACCAUCAAGGAACUUGGACUUCCCAAAAUACCUCUUCCGGCUCCGAUAGAUGGCGAUCGAAAGCUGGCAUUCAAGUUUGUCCUUUCGGAUAUAUCCGGGGUCUCGUUAGCACUUCCUACUGAUCCUAUCACCUUCCAGCUCUUGUAUUGCGGACCAUACUUCGACCGGUCAAUGGAUUCUGCGCCAGAUCAUAGAGUACCUUUCGAGCCCGAUGCGUGGCAGCGAAAGGUUCUUGACGAGAUCGAUGCGAAGCGUUCGCUCUUGGUUGUUGCUCCGACCUCUGCAGGAAAAACAUUCAUCUCCUUUUACGCCAUGCAACAGGUCUUGGCGUCGAAUGAUGAUGACGUUUUGGUUUACGUUGCUCCUACGAAGGCGUUGGUGAACCAGAUCGCUGCUGAGGUACAAGGCCGAUUUUCCAAGACGUAUAAAUAUGGAGGUAACUCUGUGUGGGGAAUUCACACAAGAGAUUACAGGAUCAACAACCCGACUGGAUGCCAAAUUCUAGUGACUGUCCCACACAUUCUCCAAACCCUGCUCCUCGCACCGUCCAAUGCUGGUUCGUGGGCAAAGCGCGUGAAAUGGAUCAUCUUCGACGAGGUCCACUGUAUUGGACAAGCCGAGGAUGGUCAGGUAUGGGAACAGCUUCUACUGAUGGCUCCCUGUCCUAUCAUUGCCCUGUCAGCUACAAUCGGGAAUCCUCAAGAGUUCAGCGAUUGGCUCACAUCGACUCAAAACGCGGUCGGAAAUAAGUUGACCAUGGUCCGACACCCUCACAGAUACUCAGAUCUGAGAAAAUUCAAGUACACACCUAGCGACGUGUCUGAGUUCCAGGGACUGCCCGAGAGUCGCGCAUUUGCUCGAUUAGGCUUGGAUAACGAAGCCUUCAACUUCCUCCACCCGGUGACAAGCUUAGUCAAUCGAUCCCGGGGCAUACCGGAUGAUUUUUCCCUCGAAUCAGUAGACUGCCUCAGUCUUUGGCAGACGCUAUCAAAAUACCAGUCUGCUGAGUAUCCAGUGGACAAAAGCCUUGAUCCAAGUACCGUGCUGCCUUCUGUCAUAAAGAAACUGGAUAUCAUCAAAUGGGAGACAUCUCUCAAGGAGGUGUUGAAAAAAUGGAUGGCUGAUCCCAAUUCCCCAUUUAAUCAAGUUGUGAAAGACUUGAGCGGACCGGUCAGAAAAUCCGAUAGCCAAGAUCAACCCAAAGCCCUCGUCCAGAAGCAAGCCACUGGUUCCGACGAGCAAAACGACGAGCAAGAGCCGGAAGACUCUUUUGAGGCUGAAAGCAUUCUCCCAUUGCUUGUCAAACUUCACGAGCAAGAUGCUCUUCCUGGUAUCAUAUUCAACUAUGAUCGUGGACUCUGCGAGAGAAUUUGCUUAACACUCCUAGACCAGCUAGAAACAGCGGAAACGCAAUGGAAAGAAACCAGCCCUAAAUGGAAGUCUGAUCUCAAGAAGUGGGAAGAAUACAAGGCCGUGAUGGCGAAAGCCAACAAGCGCAACCCACCUAAGCUGUCGAAGAAGAAAGGGAACGACGAAGAUGGUCUUACCAAAGAAGACAUUGCUCGCGAUGGCGCUAACAACGAGGCGAAUCCAUGGGCUUCUUUUGAUCCGGAAAGGCCCGUAGACAGAUUCCAUUUCGCUGACAACAAAAAGCUCACGCGAGAAGAACUGGACAACUAUGAACGGGAGCUUGUGAGGCGUGACGUCUCUGAAUGGCUGAUUCGUGCCUUGAGAAGAGGUAUCGGUGUUCAUCACGCUGGUAUGAACCGUAAAUACCGCCAGGUCUGCGAGAUGUUGUUCCGAAAGGGCUACCUCAGGGUUGUAGUCGCCACCGGCACGCUUGCACUAGGUAUCAACAUGCCUUGUAAGACCGUAGUAUUCUCUGGCGACUCGGUCUUUCUUACCGCGCUCAACUAUCGCCAAGCUGCAGGUCGUGCGGGUCGUCGUGGCUUCGAUAUGCUCGGCAAUGUGGUGUUCCACGGGAUCUCGGAAAGCAAGAUACACAGGCUGAUUAGCUCUCGCUUGCCAGACAUAAACGGACAUUUCCCCUUGACGACAACGUUGGUGUUGAGGCUGUGCGCACUGUUGAACGAGUCCAAACAAGCACCCUUCUCCAUCCGAGCAGUCAACGCACUCUUAUCGCAACCACGCCUGUAUCUUGGUGGCGAAGAGUCUAAAAUGACUGUAUUACAUCAUCUACGGUUCUCAAUCGAAUACCUACGAAGACAGUUCCUCCUUGAUCAAAGUGGUGCGCCUUUGAACCUCGCUGGCUGCGUUAGUCAUCUAUAUUUUACAGAAAACGCGAGCUUUUCAUUCCACGCUUUGCUUAAGCAAGGUUACUUUCACCGACUUUGUACGAAAUUCGAUACCAACAGAGAGGUUGUGUUACAGGAAAUGAUGUUGACUCUCUCGCACCUUUUCGGCCGCCAAUGGUGUAGGCAGGCAGAUCGCGAUUAUGUUGAACAUGUUGUCAAGAAGUCGCCUUCAAUUGUCUUCUUACCUCCUAUGCCGGAAGAUGCAGAGACAAUUUUACGAGAACACAACGAGUCAACUCUGAGCGUUUUCAAGGCUUACGUUCGCACAUAUGCGGAACAGCACCUGCAAGAGCCCGAGGAGGCUUUGCCGCUCACGAAUCUGAACAUCGCCAGUGACUCGGGUACCAAUAGUACUGUUAAUUUCAAACGACGCGCGCCACCCACCGUUCGGUCACCGUUUGUUGCGCUUUCCGGACACAGCGACGAGGACAUCGAAUCCAUACAUGAUCUUUGCACCACUGUACGUUCUGGAGUCUUCCUUGAGGAGGCCAUUGUCCCUUAUGUGGGUGUAUACAAUGAAAAGUCCGACAUGCCGCUUAACGCAUAUCUGUACGACUUCUACAACCAUGGCGAUGUGAAGGCGCUAGCCAUAGCCAACCGCAUCCGACGUGGCGACGUAUGGUUUGUAUUGAACGAUUUCAGCAUGGUUCUUGCCACCAUCAACACCAGUUUGUCAAACUUCAUGAAUCUUUCGGCCGAUUCUGAAGUCGAUGUCAGAGGUGAAGGAGAAGAGGCGGAGGAGGCUCAAGAAGACAAGCUUCUCCCCGACGACUCGGGAUACGAGACCGGCUCUACCAUUUCUGCGGCAUCGAGAGGCCCUGCUGGGCGAAAUGCACUCCCUGUGCAAGUCAAGAAAAAGAAGAAGGUUGCGGAUUCGUGGGACGAUGAUGCGGAUGAGGAGGAGAUGCAAGCAGAGGCUGCAGCAAAUGCUGAAAAGGCCGCAGCUGAGCUUCGCGAGCUAGAAGAGAAGCCUGCUUGGGAGGAGGGCCAGGGUUUGCUGAACGUUCUGAAGGCAUUCAAGGCUUUGAAAGAUGAUUUUGACACCAAAUUCAGAGCUAUGUGGGCUUAA